CCGGGAGCAUUUGUUCAGAUUCUGUAACUUUUUUCCAUUUCAUAGUUUUGGUGUACAAGUUAUUUUUACCUGUAGGGAUGGAACACGCACCUAAAACACUUCAGAUGGAUCAUUCUUAAAUAGAAAGCAGUCAAGAACCCGAGUGAGUUGUUGGCAGCUGUGAUGUGGUGCAGCUCCAACAGCCUCCAUCUAAAACCGCUGGACAGGAGCCGAGAGCGGGUUACACAUAUCCAAAUAUGCGCGUAAUUGGAGUGCACUGGCGAGGCGUCCCUUGCACCCCUUCCGAGAUACUGUUGUCGUGAUGUUCAAUACUUCGGGAACUGAGCACACUUUUCACAAGAAAGAGGAUGUUUCCGAAGUUAUCAAUGACACCCUGCAGUUCAUUACUACCAGUCCCACAGUCAUGUGGAACGAGUCGUGCGGGAAGCAGCUGCAGGAUUUCGGGCGCCCGGAGAAGAUCAUCAUCGGAGUGAUGCUGGCGAUCAUCACGGCGGUCACGGUCAUGGGGAACACGCUGGUGGUGAUCGCGGUGUGCGUGGUGAAGAAACUAAGGCAACCUUCAAACUACCUUCUGGUAUCUCUAGCAGUGGCGGACCUGUCAGUGGCCAUAGUUGUGAUGCCAUUGGUAAUAGUGACGGACCUCACCGGGGGCAAGUGGCUUUUUGGAGAGGUGUUCUGUAACAUCUUCAUCGGCAUGGAUGUAAUGUGCUGCACUGCCUCCAUCAUGACACUGUGUGUGAUCAGCGUCGAUAGAUAUCUGGGGAUCACACGGCCCCUCACCUACCCAGCCCGGCAGAACGGUCAGCUGAUGGCAAAGAUGAUCCUGGGAGUGUGGCUGGUGUCAGCAUCCAUCACCCUGCCACCUUUCUGUGGCUGGGCCAAAAACGUCCACAAAGCCGGUGUGUGCCUCAUUAGCCAAGACUUUGGCUACACCAUCUAUUCCACAGCUGUAGCCUUCUACAUCCCUAUGCUGGUCAUGCUGGUCAUGUACUACAAGAUCUUCAGGGCAGCCCGCAAGAGUGGAGCCAAACACCGCUUCACUGACUUUUCGCGCCGUGAGCGUCUCGAAACGGUGACUAAUGAGGCACUGCGAAUGCAGGGCCUGAAGCCACCCGGUGUGGCGGAGGAGUGCGCGGCCUUGUCUCGCCUGCUGAACCGUGAGCGCAGAAACAUCUCCAUCUUCAAGCGGGAGCAGAAAGCAGCGACGACACUUGGGGUGAUUGUGGGGGUCUUUGCUGUGUGCUGGCUGCCGUUCUUCAUCCUGUCCACUGCCAGGCCCUUUAUCUGUGGAGUGGAGUGUAGCUGUGUGCCCAUCUGGCUGGAGCGCACGCUGCUCUGGUUAGGCUACGCCAACUCCCUAAUGAAUCCCUUCAUCUACGCCUUCUUCAACAGAGACCUGCGCUCCACUUAUCGUGACCUUCUUCGCUGUCGUUAUCGCAACAUCAACCGCCGACUGUCUGCUGUGGGCGUGCAUGAGGCUCUCAAGGUUUAAAGCAGGAUACUACAGCAGCCUAUUGACUCUCAGAAAGUGGGGAAUGGUGGCCCUGUGCUUGUACGCCUGGUGCUUAAAGGGCCACGUGUACACAGCAGGCCUGUAGAUAAGACAAAGACUGACAGAAUGGGAGUCACUGUUGGUGGCUCUCUGGCCCCUCUGCAAAGGCAGGGAGACAGCACGAUCACUUCAUUGUGUGUGUGACUCAGUCAUUCUAUUUUGGGAAAGAAAAUCAUAGAGCAUAUUUGAUGGGCUAUUCAAGUCGACACUGCUUUUGUGCAUAUGCCACAAUUCUGUCCUGGCUCCGGAUUUAUGGAAGGAUAAUGUAGUGACAAAGGAAAUGACAUGUAAACACAGUCAAUCAUCCUAGGGCUUUCUGUGGGAACACAAAGCAGACAGAUUUCUGUAUAUUAACAAAAUCGAUGUUUGAUAAGGAAAAACAUUUGUUUUGUAGCACAGUAUCUUCUGAACUUCUUUAUAUAAACAUGCAUUUGAGCACAACCCAGAUUAAUUUCAAACAGCAACUGAACACUUUGAGGUGUAUUGUGCUUUGUGCCAGGAUUUGAUAUUAUUUAUAUCUUUUUUUUUUCUCCAGUCAUACUUUUCAAUUUGGUCCUCUCACUAAAUUUAACAGGAGCACAUUAAAUGUUUCACAAAUGUUUAAAAUGUGGUGAUGCCAAAGGAAUGAGGGUGGGUGGAAAAUGGUGUUAAACUGCAACAUGAAGGGAUCAUUUUUCAUUCAUGAAAUCUCAGUGUUUGUUGCUAUAAAAAGAAACUGAAAGCAGUUUGUUUAUUGUCUGCAUGAAACAUACUUGUCAUACAUGCUACUGUAUACAUAAAUCAUAAGACACACUGAAUGGUGAAUGACAGUUUGGCAGAAGUGUUUCCAUGUUUCACCCGCACACUUGCAGAAUGAACUCAGUGCUGUAUGUUUCAGAAACCAUGAUACUGUGGAGAUUUUUCACUCUUAUUAUUUUGCCUGGAUUGGUUCCAUACCACACUUGGCUGCUGACCUAACUGGUGUUAUACAGCUAAACAAACCUGUUGAGCUCUGCAGUUUCACUUUAAGAAUUCACAUGUUCUUGAGACUCUUUUGCUGCAUUGGUUGUCAACGCUAUUUCUAUCGAAAUUUGGAAUCAGGACGCAGUCACUUCCCUCCUGACAUCGCUCCCAUAUGAACUCUUUGGUGACCUGUAUGAACCUGUGUCAAAUGUCAUCAGUUGAGCAGUGUGUGCUUUUUCUACCUCAAUUUUUUGAGAUUUCUGUACAUUUCCUCCAGACAUACCGUUGUCUUGCAUCAUUUUGUAAUUAACUGCUAUUUUAUAUUGUGUGAGAUCAAUCUGUCUGCAACUGCUCUGUGAUUGCUCUGUUUGACUGCUUUGUCAUUACCUUCAGGAACAAGCUGGGGAAGUGGCAAAGCAUUUCAUCACUUUGUAAAUAAAGACACACUUGGU